AAAGACCUGAGGGUUGAGGAUGUUUGUGUUCGUGAGAUCAGAAAUCAAGAGGGGGAUUGAGAGAUGGCGGACGACGUAGACCAGCAACAAACCACCAACACUGUAGAAGAGCCCCUGGAUCUCAUCAGGCUCAGCCUGGAUGAACGAAUCUAUGUGAAAAUGAGAAACGACAGAGAGCUUCGAGGCAGGUUACAUGCUUAUGAUCAACAUUUAAAUAUGAUAUUGGGAGAUGUGGAAGAAACUGUGACAACUAUAGAAACUGAUGAAGAAACAUAUGAAGAGAUAUAUAAAUCAACAAAACGGAAUAUUCCGAUGCUCUUUGUCCGGGGAGACGGUGUUGUGCUAGUUGCCCCGCCCUUGAGAGUUGGCUGAAACAAAAAAUUUAUCCUGUGUGGAAAAUAGAUUUUGUAUGAUUGCCUCUUUAAAUGUAGAAGAUAUUCAAAAGAGAAACCGGCGUACAUUUUGAUACUAAGAAAUAACCAAGAUUUCUUCCACACCUGAAAUAAGUUGAUUUGCAGAUAACUCACAAAUUCUUAAGCUAAAUGGCAUUUUUAUUUUUCUCCAACCCUUCCAAUAAAUGUGAUCACCAAGAUGCAGAACUUUUUCAGGAGUUGAUUUGCUCCAUUGUUUUUUUCGGACAAUUUCUGGGUUUCUUUUUUUACAUUAAAUUUGAUGUUUCCUUUUUUG